AUGUCGGAGAAAGAUCUGGAUGCCAUCAUCUUGGAGACCCAAAAGGUUUUGGGCAAGUACGUCAAGAAGCCACCUCUCACGGAGAAGCUGUUGAAGAAGCCGCCAUUCCGAUUUCUAAUGGAUGUAUUCAGUAACUUUAUCAAGCAAACUGGCAAGUUCGAUGAACUGUAUACGCCGGAGGAGCAGAUGUUCGAGAACAUAACCAGUCGGGAGGAUAAGGUGCGAUUCCUGCAAAAGAUGAUCGAUGCAAUUAAACUAACAACUAAACUGGAUCUCAAGGUGCGCACUUCAAAAAUAGUUGCUGGCCAGGAACCGGAGCUCACCAAUGAGCUGCUCCAGGCCAUGGCCAGUUUGGCGGAAAGGAAGUGGGAGAAGGAGUGGGACAGCAUUGUGGACCAGGUGGUGAUUUCCCACUGCAAAACUCCACUGACUCUUUCCAAACCACCGAAGGAAACUAAAAAUCCCAGCAAGAAUCCCUCACCCGACGGCAAAGACGAGGAUCCAAAGCGACGCAAGGAGAAGCGCAUAUCGCCUCAAGAGCAGAAACUGCGCAAGGCCAACGAACAGGCGUCCCGAUCCACUCCCCCCAGCGAGAAGGAUAAGGCAUCCCAGAAGAAGUCCAAGGCGCCCAAGGAGGACACCAAGCUAAGUCGGCAAAACUCCAAGCAAAAGAGUCCUUCGCCUGUCAAGCCAAAGACGAAAGCCAAGCUGCAGCCUUCAAUCGAGAGCGAUCAUCCCAGUCUGUCUAUGUCGCCAGUGGAAGGAGCAGCCUCCUCCAAGCCUCCUGCUACCGAAAGUGCUCCAAGUAAGCCGGAGUCGGAAACGGUUACGCCAUUACAAGAGAAGGAGGCAGUGGUGGGACCUGUCCAGGAAUCUCCACCGGCUCCACCAGCCGAGCCUGAGAGUCGCAAAUCCUCCAGCAAGAGUCGCCGUUCCAGUGGCAGUCAUAGGCAACCGGAGCCUAGUCCUGCUCCCAACGAGAGCCCAUCCCAGCCAGUGAACCCAGUGCAGCCGUCAGAAAAUAGUUCUCCACCGGAGACCAACAGCAGCGAAGUGAAGCAGGAGGUUCCGCUCUCAAGGGAGAACUCCAAGGAAGCGAAUCAACGGCCCAGAACCUCACUUAGACCUCCAUCCGCUCGACCCGCCUCCGCACGUCCCGGUGCUCCACGGCGUCGCAAUGUGGAGAUCGUUUUGCAGCCCAACGAUCAGAUCAAAAUGUCUGGCAUAAAUGUGAAGCUCGAAACCUUUGGCGACUUGGACGAUGACGGCGAGAACCUGGUGAUCAUAGAAGACUCUGCCUCCCAUGACAUCGUCGAAGGUGGCGGCGAGGAAGCAGCAUUGGAGGGACAGCUCGAUGCCCAGGGACGAUUGGUGCAGCAGAUCUUGGAAACGCAAAAGGAGCUGGUUAAUCAAAGCGCCGAAGUGGAGCCACCACAAGCACAGGCAGGUCGACAAACAUCUGCCCGCCAGGUGAACGACGUCUGCGACGUAGUCCAAAAGCUCACAAAGUCAAUUGGGCCGCUGGGAAAACUACUGGACUGUAUACCCGAGGACUUUGAUGCAAUGCAGCUGGAGCUGACGAUGUGGCGCGACACCUACAACCAGGCCUCCACGGAACUGAAAAGGGAGCAGAGUCUCACUGCCUCUGCCACGGAGCCCCUUAAGCAUCAGCUGCAGCAAAUCCAAGCCAGCAUUGCUGAGUACCGGGAGCUCAUCGACGAGAGUCGCCACAAGAUCUUGCUAAACAACGCCCGUAUUCAGAAGUUGAUGAUGGAACAGUAAGCAAUAAAUAUCAAUAACAGCAUAUAAUGAGUUUU